AUGGCAUCAACCCCACGUGUUGCGCACCCAUUGCCGAGAAGGGUCUGGUCUCAAACCGGUGUCAACGUCUACAAGAAAGUAUUCGAGAAGAGUAAUGACAAACUCCGCGAGCAUAUAUCUAAAACUUCUGUCGACUUUUACGGCCAAUUUGCAAAACAGCUACAAGUUGAAGCCGUUCUGAACUUGGUCGAAGGCCGUAAUACUUUCCUGUUGGCUGGAACCGGCUUUGGGAAGUCUCGGAUCCCCGAGCUUUACUACAAGAUGAUACCAGGGAAUAGCAAAGCGGUCGUGCUGGUUUUAAACCCAUUGGAUUCUCUAGGCAACAACCAAGUUCUCGAGAAAGAGCAAGCCGGCUUCACUGCUAUCAAUCUCACCAAGCUCACUUUCAACGCCGAUACCGCCGAGGAAGUCCGAAAAGGAGAAUAUCAAUUUGUUUACCUAAGCCCGGAAAUCUUCCUCAAUAACAAGAUGUUUGAAAAGUUAUAUUUCAGCUCGGAGUUUCAGAAUCGCCUAUCCUUAGUCGUAGUGGACGAGGCUCAUAUGAUCUACAUAUGGGGCCUUGUUGAAAGCUCAACAGCCAAGCACCUCACAUCUGCACACUUUCGACAUGAAGACUCGGGGAUAUUCCGACCAUCCUAUGGCAAGCUAGGUGCCCAGCUGCUUUUUCGAAACGACAAACCGAUAUUGUUGUUGUCAGCAACUUGUCGUCCAGUAGCGGUUGAGGCCAUCAAGAAGAGCCUGAAACUCAAUAAUGAUAGUGUGGCCAUGUUACAUGGUGAACUCACCCGACCGGAGAUUCGCAUGAUCCGGGUUCCCAUGGAAAGGUCGCUCGCUUCGUCUCUGGAUGUCAUCAAACUAUUCCCUUCGCACGAGGAUGUAACCGAUGCGGACCUGGUGCCCAGUUUGGUCUACAGUGGAUCGCGGAACCGAACCCUAUCUGUGUUGGAAGUUAUUGACCGAGCACGAGGUACACCUGGGAGCGCUUUCAUCCCAAACAGUGCAUGCGCACGUCGGUUCCAUUCUUGCACGGGCGAUGAAGACAAAAUCUCAACGGUUGAGGAUUUCGCAAACGGGACUUACCCAAUCAUAUCUUGUACAAUGGCCCUCGGCCUGGGGCAAAAUUGGAAACGGGUGCGGAUGGUUGCACACAUGGGCCGGGGGGAUCCCGCCUCAAUCUGCCAGAUGAUUGGCCGAUGCGGGAGGGACAGCAAAUCCGGUCUGGCAAUAAUGUUUGUGGAAAAGAAUCGGCGCAGGGGGAAGAACCGUCUAGAUCAGUUUGUCAGAGAUGCAGAUCAAAAUGACUUAGAUCGCAUGGACGCCAUGGCAAUUACUCCGAUGUGCCUCUGUGUUGCGUUUGCUAUGGAUAACAAAUACGGCUAUGUUCCGCUCUGGGCUGACGAUCCGAAUUACAUUGAUGAAGUCGCUCGGGAGAUAACAGAAAAAAUGCCUGUCUGUCAAUGUUCCAACUGUGCCCCUGAAGAAUCAAGAGUCUUAAUGGACAACCUUGUCUGGGCAAACAAAUCCAACUUUGACCUCAUUUUGGAUGGGAAAUUUACACCUUCAAAACCAUCCGAUCUCAAGUGCAAAUAUCCUCAAAAGACCUGUUCAAUCAAGAAACGUAAAUUCACCGAAUACGAUGAGGUUGAGGUAUCAGCUUUCACAUCUCGACUGCUGGCCGACUUAUAUGGGCAUUACGACUCGGUAGUGUCACCCGGGGGAAUUGUACCGGCAUCCUACAUGUUUGAUGACGAUGACGGCAAGGCAGUACUUGCGUCUUUGGAUUAUAUCUACACGGCCGCCGAUCUCCGGGGGGUCAUUGGAGGAGAUUGUUUUGUGGGGCAGAGUACCUGGAUCUUUGAUUGGAUCAUCAGGUUCAGAUCAAUAGCCACCAGGCCGAGCGACUCAACGACCACAAUGCCCCCGUGCCCGAAGGCUCGGAAAACGACUACUGUGACCACGGUGAAACCUCGCGGGGCCAUUGGUAUGGGGUCUGCGCCCCGGCCCCCAACAAAGAAGGCAAUUGCAGCAGAAGCAGCUCGGAAGCGGUCGGUUGAGAGGAAAGAGGCAAAGGCAAUCAAGGAUCUUGCGGACAUGAAGAGAAGGAAACAAGUGGCCGAGAUCAUGUUGGAGACACGGAACGCCCAACAAGCCCAAGGUAUGUUCUAUUUACAAACUAUGUAA